AUGGGCCUUCAGAAGGCAAGGAGGGUGCUCCCUCGGACAUGGGGUUUCUAUGCUGUGGAGUCCCGUGGGUUGUCGGGCGGGAUAAUCGUCACGUGGAGGUUGGAGUCGUGUAGAUUGGAUACUUUUCAUGUUUGUGGCCAAGAGGUGAUUCUGGUGAUCUCGGAGGGCAUGAACGAUCCCUGGGUUCUUGCGGCGGUGUAUGCGAGCACUGACUUCAGGGAGAGGCAACGGCUGUGGGAGGAGGCUUCGCAGUUGGUUGAUCAGGGUCUCCCCUUUCUGAUGGCGGGUGAUUUUAAUUGUAUUGUCGACCCUCAGGAGAAGAUGGGGGGCAAGCCUUUCUCCCAUGAGAGGAAGGUUAAGGAAUUCCAGGAUUUUAUGACUAUAAAUGGGUUGAUUGAUUUGGGCUUCUCUGGUCCAAGAUUUACAUGGAUUGCAUCUGAUCACUGUCCCUUGCUGUUGAGUACUGAUGCCUUUGUUCCGGUGUAUCCCCCUUUCAGGUUCGAGAAGAUAUGGCUCUCUUACCCUCGUUCAUGGGAGAUGGUUAGGGAGGCGUGGAGCACUCCAGUGAGGGGUGAUGCCAUGUAUCGGGUGUCCCGGAGAUUGAAGUUGGCGAGGAGGAGGCUGAGGAGAUGGAAUCGAGAGGAGGUGGGAGACAUCUUUAGGAGGAUUGAGGAGUCUGAGGUGGCCAUUGUUAGGUUACAGGAUCAGGAGGCUCGAGGGGGGGGUCUGUCAGAUGAGGAGGUUGGGGAGCUUAGAUCCUUACUUGUCCUGCAUGAUGGUCUACUUAGACAGCAGGAGAUAUUCUGGAGACAGAAGGCGAGGGUACAGUGGAUCAUGGAGGGGGAUAGGAAUACCAGAUAUUUUCACCAGGCGACAGUGAUUAGGAGGAAUCAGAACAGGAUCAGAGUUAUUAGGGAUGAGGAGGGGCAGCAGUCGGAGGAGCCAGAGGUGAUACAGAGGAUUCUGGUGAGCUUCUUUAGGGGCAGAUGGACAGAGCAGACUGGAGGAGCGAGUCUAGCAGAGAUCCCACUGCCAGGGGUGGUGGUCACAGAGGAGGAGAAUUCUGAUUUGAUUAGUCCGGUUUCAGAAAGGGAGAUUAGGGAGGCGGUGUGGUCCCUCGGAGGGGACAAGGCGCCAGGGCCGGAUGGGUUCCCUCCGGUGUUCUUUCAGCGAUAUUGGUGGAUAGUUGGACGGGAUGUGAUGGCAGCUAUACAGCAGUUCUUCAGCACGGCUGUGAUGGCUGCUGAGUGGCAGAGGACCUUCAUUGCCCUGAUUCCGAAACGGCAGGAUGCUACGGAGCCGAGUCAUUUUCGUCCGAUUAGCCUUUGUACGACUUUGUACAAGGUGACGGCGAAAAUUCUUGCUAUCAGAUUGAGGGGGGUACUCCCUAGGCUUAUUUCCCCGGAGCAGGGGGCUUUUUUGGAGGGACGGAGUAUAUCUGACAAUGUGCUCAUUGCUCAGGAGUUUAUGUUUGAUCUUAGCAGAGCACCGAUGAGCAGAAGCUUGAUGGGGGUCAAGCUUGAUAUGGAGAGGGCUUAUGACAGGAUGAGGUGGGAUUUUGUGCAGCAGUCCUUGCGGAUGUUUGGGAUACAUGAGACUUGGAUCAGGUGGGCGAUGGGCUGUAUCAGGGUGCCCUCCUUUGCUAUUUUGGUGAACGGUACGCCCUCCCGUUUCUUUUCAUCUUCUGGGGGUUUGCGUCAGGGAUGUCCCCUCUCUCCUCUGUUGUUUAUUAUUUGUGCGGAUGCAUUGUCUCGAUUAUUGCGGCAGGCAGUGUCGAGUCAGGAGCUGGAGGCUUACAGACCGGUGGAGAGAGCAGUGGCGAUUUUCCAUUUGCUAUUUGCUGACGAUUGCUUGCUUUUAGCCAGGUCCUCGAGGCAGUCGGCUCGAGCUAUAGAUCAGACUCUUCGGGAUUACUGUGCUCUUUCUGGGCAACAAGUCAAUUUGGACAAGUCUUCUGUGAUCUUUAGCCCGAAGACGCGCGGGGCGCUGAAGCUAUCUAUACUGGAGGUUCUAGGUGUGGGAGAGCAGGGGGGCAUGAUGUCCUAUCUGGGGGUGCCUUUAUGUGGACGACGACUGAGGAUUAGGGAUUGUGUGUCCCUUGUGACUAGAGUCAGAUGCAGGCUGGAGGGCUGGCAGUCUCAUUCAUUGUCUAUGAUGGGGAGGAUCAUUCUGGUGCGCUCUGUACUUUCAUCUGUUCCUAUUUAUCUUCUAUCCCACGUCGAUAUUCCGGUGGCAGUUUUGAGGUCCCUUGAGCAGCUGUUCAGGGAGUUUAUCUGGGGGAGGAGUAGCGGCAGAGGCGGGAUCCACUUGGUGGCCUGGGAGAGUGUAUGCCAGCCGACCAGUGCCGGGGGGCUGGGAGUGCAGUCCUUGAUGACGAGACGGGAGGUGUUAGCGGCUAGGCAUGUAGUCAGAUUUGUGCUUGAGCCAGAGAGCAUGUGGUCCUCACUGAUGAGGGCCAAAUAUGGUGUCUUGGUGCCUGGAGGGCGGGUGGAGCGUCACCACUCUCCGAUAUGGCGUGUGAUGUGUGCCAGGGCUAUGGUGGUGCUUCCGGAGAUUAGAUGGGUGAUCGGUGAUGGGUGCUCGAUAGAUGUGUUGGAGGACAGCUGGGUGACCGAUUGGCCGAUUUGUCGUUUGCCGACCAUGGUGGACUCUGCGAGAUUAGAUGGAUGCAGGGUCAGGGAUCUGCUGGAUUCUGAGGGGAGCCACUGGAGGGUGGGGCUGAUCAGGGAGGUGUUUGGUGAGCAGUUGGCGGAGUUGAUUCUGGCCCUGCCUAUUCCCUCUGGUGGGUCGUCAGAUAGGCUGCUCUGGACACCGACGGGGCGGUCGCGGGUGAGGGCCAGGGAUCUUUCGGCGUUGUUCUGCAGGACGCCAGCGCGACAGAUCGUGGGAGGAUGGAUAUGGAGAUUACGGAUUCAUCCACGGGUGGCACUUUUCAUCUGGAAGGUGGCUUGGGGAUGUCUCCCGACUAGGAGUUUGCUUGUUCGGCGUGGGAUGGGGGUAUCUCAGUUUUGUGAGACGUGCGGUGAUAUCGUGGAGACCACCGAGCAUGUUCUCCUGCUGUGCCCUAGAGCUCGACAGAUAUGGCAGUGCUCUUCGGUCCCCUUGCUUGAUGCGGGGGUCUCGACUCAGGAUCUGUUGCGGAUGUUGAGAGAGUCCAUGUGUAGGCCCAGGCUGGCAGCGGAGGGUAUAUUGAGGGCGUACCUGUCUUAUCACAUUUGGUUGGAUAGGAACGCACGCAUAUUUGAGGGGAGGCGGGUGCCUCCGAGGACGGUGGUGGACAGAGCGGCACGACAUGCGAGGGAGGUUAUGGCGGCUGCCACCGAGAUUUCUUCUGGGAUGGUCAGGGACACCUGGGGUACUUCUUACGCUGUUUCAGCGCCCCUUUUCGUUACUGUCUCUUGGGUACCCCCACCCCCUGACUAUCUCAAAAUAAAUUUCGAUGGCAGUAGGUCACUAGACGGUGUGACUGGAGGGGUCGGCUUUGUGAUCAGGGAUCACGGUGGUAGGUUGGUGGCUGCAGGUGGGCGUCGGACUCCCGGGAUUACAGUUGUUGGUGCGGAGCUGCGGGCUGCUUGGGAGGGCUUAUCAUAUGCCAGGCAGGUCCUUGGAGCCGAGCGAGUGUUCCUCGAGGGAGACUCUGCGGUGGUGAUCGAUUGGAUCCGGGGGAUGGACAGAUACGGUGACGGUCACCCUUUGAUUCGGGAGACUCGGAGGAUGGCUCAGAUGAUGGUCGGUUUCCAGAUUGGUCAUGUGUUUAGAGAGGCGAACAGGGCCGCCGACUGGGUCGCCUCUUUUGUGGCCCGGCAUUCCGGGGAUGUUUUGUGGACGUCUACUAUAGACGCUCCUUCUCCUUUGUCGUCUUUUAUUUCUUCGGACAUGGCGGGUUGUACUCAUGUUAGAUCUAUUUGA